AUGGCAACUGCGAUCCCUCACAGCCUAUUCCGAGACCAAGGAUAUGACCACAGAGAAGCUCUCUUUGGAACCCCUCCCUACGGUGGAUCCAUUGCCCAAACCUUGUACUAUGCUGAUGCGGACCUUUGUGAGGAUGUUGAUCCCACCAAGGGUUACCCAACACGCGAUGGAAAACCAUGGCAAGCACCAUUUAUUCUCAUGGUAGACAGAGGUGGCUGUACUUUUGUCAAGAAGGUCCGAAACGCACAAAGAGCUGGAGCAGCUGGGGUGAUUAUUGCCGACAAUGUCUGCCUUUGUACCGAUCCUGAAUGCAAGAAUGAGUUUUCUACUACUUGUGAAACUUCCGAGCCAAUCAUGGCGGACGACGGUUCUGGAUCUGAUAUUUCUAUUCCAUCCUUCCUCAUUUUCAAGAGAGACGCGGAUCUUAUCAAGACAGAAUUGAAGGCAAACAGUCCCGUCCAACUUGAAAUGUCAUGGUCUCUUCCCAACCCCGAUGACCGCGUCGAGUACGAUCUUUGGACUGUUCCAACGGAUGCAAUCAGCAAGACUUUUAUGCAAAAUUUCAGACCAUUGGCCAAUGCCUUGGGAUCUCACGCUCAGUUUACUCCACAUAUGUACAUUUACGAUGGACAACGUACACACUGCAUUGGAAACGAUGGUGCUAACUAUUGCUACACUCUAUGUACCAAUAAUGGAAGAUACUGUGCAACUGACCCUGACAAUGACUUGGACAAGGGAAUCUCUGGAGCCGAUGUGGUCCGAGAAUCCCUUCGUCGUAUCUGUAUCUGGAAGUACUAUGGAGAAGAAGAUGGAAUUGGUGAUCCAUGGUGGGCCUAUGUUUCUGAAUUCACUGCCCGUUGCGACACUCCCGAGUAUUUCAUGCACGACGACUGUGUCAAUGAUGCGUACAAGCACGCUGGAAUUGACGCCGACGCCAUCACCAAAUGCAUGAGAGACAGCGGAGGUACCGAAGGGGACAAUGAUAACUCCUACCUCAAGAUGGCGAUAUCCUCACAAUCCGAGCGUGGUGUUGUUGUUUUGCCAUCUGCCUUUGUGAACAAUGCUGCCAUUCGUGGAAAGUUGAGUUCCAGCUCCAUCUUCCAUGCCGUUUGCGCUGGAUUCGCCGAAGGUACUGAACCCCCGAUCUGCAAUACCUGCGGUCGCUGUCCAGAUGCCAUUGGAUGCGUGGCAUCGGGAGUCUGCUCUGGAAUUCCUUACGACCCUGCUGCCCGAGGCGCUGGUGGCGCUGCCGCUCCCCCUGGCACGGUUUCCACACACACUUUUGCCUUCUGGAUGCUUUUUGUCGUUUGCUCGUUUGGCGGUGUUGGAUACUGGCACUACAACAAGACUCGUGAAGAUAUGCGCGAGCAAGUAAGAGGAAUCUUGGCCGAGUACAUGCCAUUGGAAGACCAAGAUGCUGGAAACCCGAUGGAUUUUGCUGGAGCCAAGGGAGGCGGCGUCCCACUUUUCUCUUAA